CAGAGGGGAAGCAGACCGUGUCCUCCUCACUUUGCCAACCCUGAGACUCGCUUUCCUGUCAGAGACUAAGCUAGAAAAUGCCACUCAAAGGUAUAAGGAAAUUCAAACAAGCAGACAGACUGGGGGAAGAAAUCCUAGCACAUUGGGGGGUAUAGAGGGGGAGGGAAGCAGCGCUGCUGCCAAGUUAUCAGUCACCUGCUCAGGUUCUUAAGAGUCUUUCACUUCUUUUGUUUGCCUGGUUUUCCCUCCCAGAUUCCGAUAAAGCCCAUGAUCCAACCUGUUACCUAACAAGGCUGGUGGCACUUAGCCCUUCUCACCCUCUAGUGGGAACACUGGCCUGGGAUUAAAGCGCAGACCACCAACCCCGAGCCACACACAGCCUGAGCCACCCCAAGGAGUGGGAACCUGUCACACAGUCUUCAAGCGACUUCAAGUGACUUGUCGCAGCACCAACAGGUGGAAUGAAAGUUCUAAUCGCUUCCCUCCUUCUGUUGCUGCCACUAAGGCUGAUGUCCACGGUCUCCAGAAGCCCAAAUACAGGAAUCGCCAGAGGCCAUAGGGACCCACGGCAGGCUUCUGGGAAGUGGCUCCAGGAAGAUGUCCAAGAAUGUGAGUGCAAAGAUUGGUUCCUGAGAGCCCCUAGAAGAAAAUUCAUGACAGCACAUGGGCUGCCGAAGAAGCCAUGUCCCUGUGACCAUUUCAAGGGCAGAGUGAAGAAAACCAGACACCAAAGACACCACAAGAAGCAAAACAAGCCCUCCAGAGCCUGCCAGCAAUUUCUCAGACGAUGCCAGCUGGAGAGCUUUUCUCUGCCUUUAUAGGAGCUCUGAGAGCCCACCUUCCUGAUGAAACACUGUCAGUCAACAAGGCAGUGAGCACACCUAGAAGAUGCUCUUCUCCCGCCUCAAGCUCCCCACCCCUGUCCCUGCUUCCUAAAUCAUUCCACUGUUCUCAAAAAGCAUUUUCCCCAAGAUUAUUGCUCCCUGGAGUGCCUUCUUCUCUUGUCAGUCUUUUCCUGGGGCUUCUCCUUACCCAGCUUAAACUUACUUACCUGAAAGAAACCAGGAGUCCCCAGUUGCUUAGCUGACCUUAAAUAUAACCAAGCAAGUAGCAAACAAAAGGCAACAAAUAUAUUUAAAUGUAAUAAGUCAAAAUCAUUUUCAAUUAGGGUCUAGAAAUGUACAUUCGAUCCAGAUGACCCACUUUACCCUGUUCACUCCAAACUCAAUCCAGAUUAUACGCACAUCCAAUACUACCCUCAAUCUCUCUCCACUGCCCAAUUUUUUAUUCUUUAAUUCAUUCAACAAAAUUUUCGGAGGUAAGAGCUAGGUAAGGCAAAGAAAGAAGUUAAAGCAAUGAAUCAAACAUAGUCUUACUAAAGAUAACAUAGGUUAAAAAAAAAAAACCUGGCACAGUUUUCUUAGCACGUAAAACCUCUCCAUUAUUUAUCCUCCUCAUCAUCAUCAUCAAUGGUCAUCUGACACUGUAAACUUCCAAUCUAGUAAAGGAGACAUAUGCAGAGGCAUAAUAGUUCAAGGCUAGAAACUGAUGUGAACGAUCUCAAGUGCCAUUGAAAAGGGCUUCAAGCUGAAGAAAUAGGAGGAUAUCUUUUUUAACAUGAGAAUAAAAUGGUCAGAAUGAUAAUAUAAGGAAAUAAAGGUGGCAACCAUCUGAAAGAAUGAAUUAAGAGGGAAAAUUACAACAGUUUAUCCUGCUUUCCCCUCUGACCCUCUCCUCAAACAUCAGAAGUAGAGAAUAUAAAAGGAACACUGAUCAGAAUCUGGCUUCUGUCAUCCAGAUGAAACAGAGGACUAAGUUGGAAUGCUGGCCUUAGGAGAAGAAACUUUUUAACUGAGCGGUGAGUGGGAUGGAGUUCAUUUAAGACACAAUCCCUCUGGUAGGAGACUGUUGGGCCCUCAGCUUCCAUCUGUUCAUAAUCCCUCCUCCCACAGCAGGAGGCACAGAGUGAUUCACUUGGUACAGGAGUGGGGCACUAGCAGUGGUUGGCCCACUUGCCAACUGCCUUCAAAAGGAAGACCAGGGAUACCAGAGUGAAGGAGUGGAACCCCAAGGGAGGUGCCCUCAUGAGUAACCAAUGAGGGAUCUGCGACCAAGGAGGCCUGUGGGGGCCCAGAGGUAUGAAGCCUGGGAGGUCAGCAUCUCCCAUGAGGGACAUACAACAGUGGAGCCAGGUUCUAAUCAGUAUCUGGGCCACUGGGAACCUGAGCCACACCAGACACUAAUCGCCCAACCGGACCCUGGGCCAGAAAAACAGCCACAGCCAAGCCAGCAUCUAAGGAUCAGCAGGGACCCAAUAUACUCCUCACUCAGCAGGAGCCUCUUGCCCAAAAUGAAGCUGAAUCCCAGCAGGAACCUCAAGCCCAACAAAAAUCUGCUUUGUAGCAGGAAUUUCUUGCCCCACAGGAACCUGCACCUCAGCAGUCACCCCCCCCCGCCCCCCAUCCAAAAGAUGCCCUUCAUGAAAGAGGAAGCUGCUUCACAGCACAGACCUGGGCCAGCAAAAGAAUCUAGAAAUCAACAGGAGCCAGAAUUGAGAGAGGGACCUGGAGCCCAGCCACGACCUGGCCUGUAGAGACACCUCCAGCUCAACAAGAAGCUGGAUCAACACCUCUGGCCAAGCCGGGACUAGGACCCUCAAAUGGACCACCAGCCCAGACUAAACCUGUAUCCCAAGACAGCCGGCAACAGUCAGACCCUACAGCCCCAGCACACAGCUCCAGCUCAGGGAGCCAGAUCCCAGCAGGGAUUUUUGGCCCAGUGGAGAUUUCUAUCAAAACCAAACCAACCAUCCUACAGAGACCCGCCUCGGAGUGGAAGAUAUUUCUUGAAUGGGUCACAGAUUCUGGUGCAGAUUCAUUACUGGGGUCCACAUUAGACAACAAUUCGCCAGCUCAGGGGAUGGCACAGUGGCCCAGAGAAUGAAGUUGGCCUUCAAGGGAAAACCUGGUUAGGAAGUGACAUCAGGAUUUGGUGGGAUGCCAGCACUCAAGAAGAAAACCAGAGGCCAGAACCCCCGACACUACCGGAACACAGCUGCUUCUCUAGGCCUCCGGAACCAAGUCUCGAAAGACGCCCUCAGGACAGCGACUCGAUGGCAGAGGCCGCCUGGCCUGGAACGCCCAGCGGCAAUUGAGCCUGUGCGCAUGCGCAACCGUUGAGCCUCGUCUAUUUCCCUCCUUUUCCCAGCCUCGCGCCACGCCCCCUCAGGCAGCCUGAUCCCGCGAGGCGGUGUGUGGCUCCCGGCCAGUGCACAGGUGUUGAUCACUCUAUAUCCACCAUCACUGCCUGCAGUUCUUGCCGGGAGGGAAAGGGCAGAGAAAAGAACCCUGAGAAAGAGAACUAUAGUGGUGCAGGAGAAAGACAGCGGAGGAAAAACCUUCCUCUGCCACAGGCUUUCAGGCAGAACUCCGCCUCAGGCGCUGUCGCCCUGCCUCCUUACAAUCCCCUGAAGACCUUGCCCCACCUUCCCGGAACCUACGCUAAAAUGCGGCUCAGUGGCAUCCCUGUCUCCCGCUCCAGCUGGUGGGUGGGGUGCGUUCUAGAGGAUUUUAAUUUAGGAAGGUGAGCGAAAAAAUGACGCUGACACCCAACAUGAGAAAAGAUGGGCUUCCCUGCUGGGGAGACCCCCGCGGGACUCCCCAUUAGUUCAGCUUGACACACAGCCUUGCUGCCUCCAGCGAUGUACUUUUUGUUGAUCGCAGACUGCACAGUGCUGGAGGGGGCGGGGCCUCAGGCCCUAGCCGAGGGGGGCAGGGUCUGGCAGUGCAGUGACGCUCGCUCGGAUUGCUCAGGGGGCGGGACUCAGAGCAAAGAAAGUCUGGGAUUGGAUGGUGUGGAGGCUCCACCGCACCCGCCUUGCAGCGGGAAUUGGCCCCGGAUCUGGGACCUCAGAGGAUUUAAGGAGUAAGCUAGGGAAAUGGGACCGCCUUGGCCAGUGGGGCAUGGGCCUCGAAGAGGGACAAAGAGGGGUACAAGAGCUGCAGGCGCCAGCGGUGGCUAAACCGCAAAGCCAAAGGUGAGUGGGAGAGGACAGCAGCCCUGAAGGAACCUUAGACAUCCUACGGGAAACUGGGGACCAAGUGGCCUUGACUUCACUGCCAAGAGAACUGGGAAAGCUCUUGGACUGGCCCAGUGACGUCCUGUGUGGAGUGGGUACAGGAAAAAUCCACUGUGAGAGGGGGUCAUGUGAGAGGAAGAUAGUACCCUGGCCACAGAGACUUAUCAGUUGCCCAGUACCAUCUUAGGAAGUGUGAACUGGAGUUUGACACUUGCCAUCAGCCUCUGCAUAGAUUAAAGCAUGAGCCACCGCAGCUGCCGACACACAACACCCCCUCAGCGGAGCUCAGUGAGCGGGGAGUGAGGCACUCUGUGCUCUGGGAAAACUGGAAGAGAGUCCAGGAUGUGAGUGUUCCAAACCAGGAUUCCUGCUCCUCCUCGGUACUCACUAGAGUCAUCUGUGACCUUCCUGCUGGGAGUAAAUCCAACUCUCUCCAAUUUUUGAGAACUGGGAAGAGCCACCCCGGGUGCCCAGCUGGGGUUCUGUGUCACAAAAGGAAAGUAUCACAGGGUUUGGAGAUGCCUGGCUCUGUGUGGUGCUGACAGACCCCAGGCCAGAACACAGCUGAGGGCAACACUGGGGUGGGUGGGGAGAAGCAGCCUCACCAGCAUUGCAGGCUCUCAGCCAGGCUGGGCAGCAUGUGAUCCAGGCAGCUGCUGAAGCAGCUUUCUAAGGUGUCACCUGGGCAUUCUUGGUCCUUAUAAAGUUCCAGAGCUGAUUCCCAUGCACAGUGGGGUGACAUUCCUAUGACAAGGCUUCCUGAUGCUUCCCCCCCAACCCAGGCUCCUGCUCGGGAGGGAAAAGCCAGAAGGAGAUAAGAGAGGGCUGUGUGGGAGGCUGAGAAUGAAUUCUGAUCCAUAGCUGUAGGGAGCCCAUGACCCAGACACCACUGGGUUGUGCUUGUCCAAACAAUAGUGUGUGUGUGUGUGUGUGUGUGUGUGUGUGUGUGUGUGUGUGUGUCUCAGAAGUGUCCAGGGAUGGACAUAGAGACAGAAGGAGAGGGGAAGGAGGGCACUGGGGAGGCAGGAACGAGAGGGGAGGGAGAGGGAGGGUCCUGGAGAGACCCCGCCCCCACCCACGCGACCCAGUGAAGUGCUCCUGCCCCAGGAGGAGGCCCAGCACAGAGGGAGGAAGGACAGCAGAGCUCACACCUCAGACAGCAGUGCUUGUGGGCCUUUCUGGAGCAGAAACUCUUCUCUCACAGGGAGGGACACAGCAGGCACCAGGCACCAUGGAGCCCCCCUCAGCCCCUGGCCACAGAGGGCAUGUCCCCUGGCACAGGCUCCUGCUGGCAGGCUCACUCCUAACCUUCUGGAACCUGCCCACCACUGCCCAGAUCACUAUUGAAUCAGUGCCCUUCAAUGCUGUGGAAGGGACAAGUGUUCUUCUACUUGUCCACAAUGUGACAGAGAAUAUCCUAGACUACUGCUGGUACAAAGGAGAAAGGGUAGAGACCAACCAGUUAAUCGCAUCAUGUAGAGUGGACGCUCAAGCAAAUACCCCAGGGCCUGCACAGAGCAGUCAAGAGACAAUCUACCCCAAUGGAUCCCUGCUGUUCCAGAAGGUCGCCCAGAGUGACACAGGAAACUACUACACCCUACUUGCCACAAAGAGAGAUAAUCAGACUGAAAGUGUGACUGGACAACUCCGUGUGUACCCGGUGUUACCCAGGCCCGUCAUCACCAGCAACAACCCCAACCUCGUGGAGCACAAGGACACUGUGGUGUUAACAUGUGAACCUGAGACUCAGCACACAACCUACAGGUGGUGGAUCAACAACCAGAGCCUCCCCAGCAGCACCAGGCUGGACCUGUCCAAGGACAACAGGACACUCGCUUUAGUCAGCAUCAAAAGGAAUGACGCAGGACCCUAUGAGUGUGAAACCCAGAACCCAGGGAGUGCCGCCUGCAGUGAUCCAUUCACCCUGAAUGUUAUCCGUGGACAUUAGAAGUUCCCAUCGUGGCACAGCAGAAAUGAA